GCUAGCAUUGUCAUCAUGGCUUCGCCAAUGAAAAUCCUUGUGUUGAUGCUACUGUUUUUGGCUCCAACAUGUUCACAUUGGGUGGUUGACACCUUACCAGGUUUCCCAGGAAAACUACCAUUCCAACUCCAAACUGGUUACAUAGGUGUGGGAGAAUUUGAACAAGUUCAACUGUUUUACUACUUCAUUGAAUCUGAGAGGAGCCCAGAAAAUGACCCACUCUUGCUUUGGCUCACUGGAGGCCCAGGUUGCUCUGCUCUCUCCGGUAUCCUCUAUGAGAUUGGCCCUUUCACCAUUAAUUCUGCAAAUUCCACUACUGGGGACAUCCCAGCUUUGGAGUUGAACCCCUAUGCAUGGACCAAGGUGGCCAACAUUAUAUUUUUGGAUCAACCUGCUGGAACUGGAUUCUCAUAUUCCAAAACAUGGGAAGCUUAUAGGUGUAGUGAUACCUUAUCUGCACAAUAUGCUUAUAGUUUCCUCAUAAAGUGGCUCCUGGACCACCCGAAAUUCCUUAGCAAUCCGUUGUACAUUACAGGAGAUUCCUAUACUGGAAUUAUUGUUCCACAGAUUGUUCAAAGAAUAUAUGAUGGUUUAAAAUCUGGAAUCGAGCCACGCUUAAAUAUUAAAGGCUAUGUGGAAGGCAAUCCAUUGACUGACAAAUAUGCAGACGACAACAAUAGAGUGGCAUAUGCUCAUCGAAUGGGGCUUUUAUCAGACAAUUUGUACAAGUCCACAAAAGUAAAUUGCAAUGGACAUUAUGUAGAUGAACAUCCGCAAAAUGCAGCAUGUCAAUAUGAUCUCGAAAGAGUAUCAAAGUGUACUGAAAAGAUUAAUAUGGCGCAAAUUUUAGAACCAAAGUGUAGCAAUGAAAAUUUACUGAUUUUAGAUGUGAGCUCUGUUGUUGAAAAUAAUGUUACCAGUCACCUUUUACUGCAACACCGGUGCAGAGAUGAUAAUUAUUUGUACUCUUCCAUUUGGGCAAAUAACAAAAUUGUCCAGAAAGCACUUCAUGUGCGUGAGGAAACAGUAACAGAGUGGGUUAGAUGCAAUGAAAGCUUGACGUAUGAUUCUAGUAUGGAGAGAACUGAAGCAUAUGCUUAUAAUGUCCAAAGCACCCUCGAGUAUCAUCGGAGUUUCACUAACAAAUCUUGUCGAGUUCUAAUCUACAGUGGGGAUCACGACAUGGUUGUUCCUCAUGUGAGCACAAAAGAAUGGAUAGAGUCCUUAAAAGUUGGGGUUGAAGAUGAGUGGAGACCUUGGUUUGUUGAAGAUCAAGUAGCAGGAUAUACCAUGAAGUAUUCACAGGAGGAAUAUGAGUUGACAUAUGCAACUAUAAAGGGAGCAGGUCAUACAGCACCAGAAUAUAAGCCACAACAAUGCCUCUCAAUGCUUCAGAGAUGGCUUAGCUAUUAUCCUCUUUGAUUAUGCAAUUGGAUGCAUAUUCCAUAAAUAAAAUUGCAUGUUUUUUGCGUUUUCUUCUUGAA